CGGAGAUUUAUUUUGAAACACAGCACCGGAAACGUGGAGUCUUAUUCCAGCGGUUGGAUACCAUGGGUCAAAUCAGGAGCGCCACCGCUGCUGUAUGCCUCAAUUACCUGUCAGUGUUUCACAAACUGGCGCAGACAAAUUCGCAUCUGUCUUCUCUCCCUCUCUUUUUUAUGUUUCCAGGGAAGUGGAAAAAAUUGACGGAUAUUUUGACAUGUUUUGCCAUGAUAGUCGCACGGAUAACCAACACUUUACUGGGAAGGAUCCGUCCGGACAGUUUUUACGCAUCGCACAUCUUGGAGCGUCGAUGUAGACACACUUAAACACUUCACAGAAUAUACAGCGUUUCAUGCGCUCUGCCUGUUCAUCCGUCUAUCAUGAAGUACGGAACGGUGGUCGUCACUGCUGGGUUCACAGCUUUGCUCAGUUUUUGCCUCCUCGCCGUGGCAAUUUGGACUGAUUACUGGUACAUCAUCGAUGUGAACAAACCCAACUACACAGGUUCAGACGACCUGAGUUCACAUUCUGGACUGUGGAGAAUUCAUGAAGGAGCAAACAGGAGUUCAGUCAUCCCUUCUUUCACAGCAAAUAUAUCCGGCUUGUCAGAGGUGGAAAGGCACCUUCUCGGCUUGCACAAGGUGGUGGUCAUCUUGCUGCCCCUCAGCCUGGUCCUGCUUGUGUUCGGCUGGAUCUCUGGUCUUGUCAGUACGUUGGCCCGCAGCCCAAAAUUGCUGGCUGGAUCAGGAACAUAUUUUCUCUUCUGCAGUCUUUUCACCCUGUCCGGGGUGAGCAUCUACAUCAAAUACUCAAACAAGGCCAUGGAGGAGUUCGAGCAGACCGUGUCCCCUGACAACCUUGCCUUUGUGAAUGUGUCCUUCGGCUGGUCCUUGGCCAUGGCAUGGCUCUCCUACAGCAUGGAGGUGGCCACUGGCCUGAUUCUCAUACUUGCUGCCACAAUAACUCAAAUGAAGGGUCGUUAUGACUCUGGUGUGACGAUCGCCAUGUUGUAGAUUGGUCGAGUGAGGCUAAGAGCCCACAUGUGGGCUGGACGGUAUUUUUUUGCGAUUUUAUUUAUUUAUUUAUUUUGGUAGUGAGAAAAGGACAUCUUAGAAAUAUAUUGUAUUCCAACAAGUAGAUCAACGGCAAAGAUAAAAAAAACGUAGAUGCAAGCUGGCUUUUGUGUAAGUGCAACCAUAGUCACGUACAUAGACGCUGAAUUAGUGACACAUUUCAAUGUCCGUUUCUUCAUUGUUUAUGCAGGCUUGUUGUGAGGCCUCCAACCUUUCAUCCUCCCAUUCUUUCAAUUGUCCCAGUCCACAUGAUGUUAGUGAUGUUAUAGCAAAAAAAAGAGGCUAAGCAUUCACAGAGUAAUUGCUGCAAAGAUUAAAAGUAUGUUUUUUUUCUUUCAAUGUAUUUAUGUAGUGUGUAAUUUCAGCCUUGUAAUGCCCUAUUUCUGUUCACAUAUACUGUAUAUGUAUAGCUAAUAGCCAUUUUUUUUUGGUUUGUGGCAAGAAUGUUAUAAAGUAAUAUGUGUUGAAAAAUGUUUGUAAUUUACGGAGCACAGCUCCGGAUGCAGAUUAACUGUCCUGCAAUAUACUUGCGCAACAAUGCACAUAUCUGGAGUAAUUUGCAUUUCAAAGCUUUUGAACAACAGUUAGCAUUUUGAUCAAUGUAGUUGUCAGGAAAAUGUCAGUUUGUGCCUUCUGCUUACAACCUUCUCUACCAAUUCCGGCUGGUAAAUCUCUUCAUCAAGGGAGCAGGGCUGAAGAUAUAUGCACUCUUGGGGAUCCCAAGUGCUGUUUUCAGCAGUUAAGAAAGCGUGCAUGUGUUGCCGUCUGUGUUGCCAUAGUUAAAAGCUAGAUGUUCUAAUAUUCUGUCUGUGCGGUGCAAAAUGACUCCUGUCUGCUAAUGAAAGUUUUUUUUAAAAAGCACUGUAAAAAUACAAAGUUUAGCAACUUUGAAAUGCAUUAUUGUGUUGAUGAUCGCUUUUCACAUCAUCAUGACAGACCUUGCUCACGCUCUCAUAACUGAGCAGCAUUUUAUUUUGAACGGGAACAGAAAAACAAUGAAAGAUCAAUGCAGCAGGAGAACAGAAAAAGAGCACAUCGAUCAAAGGCCUCCAAAUGUCAGUGGCAUACCCUGACUGUAAUCAAUUUUUCGCCAGCCUCCUGAAGAUUUUUGUGUCGCAGUACAAGACAUGGCAGGGAAUUGGUUGUCUUGCGCUGCAUAUUUUUAUUUACAACACAAGUCUUGCAGGUAACUGAAAUACCAAGUCAUGCAUCAGGUUAAAUUAGGACUGCUUUCCUGCCGCUGCCUCUGAAUGCAAACGAAGCACACCAGGAGUCAGGUCAGACAGAAAGGCAAUGGUUUCAAGAACAGCCUCCGACCAACAUGGUGUAACACUGUCGUCUAUAAAGGUUAGAUUAAUUCAGAAAUUUAUUUGCACAUUCAAACUGGAGAGGUUGCAACAAUAGUGAAAUUUAAUACAAAGGGGGGCUCAUCAUCAUAUUCAGUGCUUUACUGGACUGUGUGUUGUAAUGUGCAAUAAAAGGUGAGAAGGUGCUAAUAGAAAAGUGAAAUAGGACGGCAGUGUUAACAAUGCAUCUGUGUAUAUCACAGAGAAAUUACUGUAAAAUAGGGAAAAUUUACAAAAAGAAUUUGUGUUUUUUUAACUCAAUAAAACUGGAAA